CCCUUGGUAUCCAUCUCCGCCCUCAAAAGCCGCAUCGGAGCCCUAACCUCCAUCCCUUUCGGCCUCCAGCUCCUCCUUAACAAUUCUCGUAUCCUCAAUGAUCACCAGACCCUAAUCAUCGGCCGAUCCGACCGGUCGUUGUUGAAAGGGGCGGCGACGAAGGCGGGGCAGAAGAAAACAAACAAUUUUGAUGCUUGCAGGGAUAUGAGUGGGCGAAGGUUGCGGCAUGUGAACGUUGAGAAGAAGCUGGAGGAGUGGAGGGCGGAGGAGAGGAAGUUGGCCAUAAGGGCAUUCACAAUGGUGGCUUUAGACCUGAAGUCCAUCUCAGAGUCUAUCUAG